UGAUAUCACUAACAGGUUUCGUUGUUAUUAUUUCGCUUUAAUUUAUCUUCGAAUGUGAUGACCUCACAAUACGACUUUGAAAAUGAAGUCAAUAGCUUGCUCAGGCUGGAUGCUCCAAUUAAAAGUGGACCAAUGCCGAGGUGGCAAAGAAAAAAUUUGAAUGUGCCAGGUUGCAACUCCAGUGGCAAUACAAGCAUUCCCCUCAGUCCACUGAAGAUUUCCAAUCAUUCGCUGAGUAAAAGCAUCAUCAAUUCUCCAAGUUCAUUUCUCACACCUAGUUCUGCAAAAUGUAGAACUCCUAGAGCAAAAUCGAAAACUCCGACCAGGGGUUUGAGCCUGAAUAAAACUCCGAGUCGGGGAGAUCGAUAUAUCCCUAACAGACAAGCAACAAAUUUUGAACUUGGUCAAUACAAACUUACAUCCGAAAAUGAUAUACCCAGUAAUCAUGCUGAUACUUCAAUCUCUGAAGAAUAUAAGAAAUUAUUAAAAGAAAAUUUGAAACAAUUACACCAAAGCAGUGCAAAUGAAGAUAAAAUUUUUGCAUUCAAAGAUAAGCCAAUGCACGCGGAAGGUUAUCAAAAUUCGAGCAAGGUGUUAUACAGUUCAACCAAGAAAAAUCCAACAAGUAGAAAAAAAAAUAGAUACAUUCUUUCAACAUCAGAACAAGUUCUUGAUGCUCCUCAGUUGUUGGAUGAUUAUUAUUUAAAUCUCAUCGAUUGGAGUUCAACAAAUAUACUUGCUGUGGCUUUGGGUGAAAGUGUUUAUCUAUUCAACACAAAUACUGGUGACAUCCAAUUGCUAUUAACAAUGAAUAAUCCAGAAGAUUACAUAUGCUCGUUGAGUUGGGCCACAGAUGGACGACACAUUGCAGUUGGAACAAGCAAUGCUGAAGUUCAGCUCUGGGAUGUCACUGCUACUAAGCGUCUCCGUAACAUGACAGGUCAUGCUGCCCGUGUUGGAUCUCUUGCUUGGAAUGAAGCAAUAUUAGCCAGUGGUUCAAGAGAUGGAUUCAUUCAUUUUCAUGAUGUUCGAAUUGCAAAUCAUUUGGUUCAUAGUAAUCAGGGUCAUGCACAGGAAGUGUGUGGGUUGGAAUGGUCACCUGACCAAAAAUAUCUUGCUAGUGGAGGAAAUGACAAUAUGGUUAAUGUUUGGGAUGAAAGAGCUGUACAACCUCUAUAUUCAUUUUCGGAACACCAGUCUGCUGUGAAGGCUAUUGCAUGGUGCCCGUGGCAAUCCCAUAUAUUGGCAAGUGGGGGAGGAAGUGCUGAUAGGCACAUCAGAUUCUGGAAUUCAUAUACUGGAUCAAUGAUAAAUGCAAUUGACACAAAGUCACAGGUAUGUGCAUUGAAAUGGUCAUCAAACUACAAAGAACUAGUUUCAUCCCACGGCUACUCACAGAACCAAAUCACGAUAUGGUCAUAUCCCUCAAUGCGACGUGUGCAAGAUUUAUUGGGUCAUAAAGAGCGGGUUUUGUAUCUUGCUAUGAGUCCUGAUGAAACGACUGUAUGUUCUGGUGCAGCGGAUGAGAGUUUGCGAAUGUGGAAAUGCUUUGCUCCUGAGGAGAAAUCAAAUAAAAAGUCAGUUUUGGAACCAAGUUCAACGAAAGGGAGCAGCAGAGUUGCCGCCUGCAUGUCUAUUCGUUGAUUGGUCGAUCACCAUUGCUCACCUGACUACCAUGGUUUUAAUGGCAACUACAUGUUUUUAUCAUUGUUAUAUACUCGAUCAAGUCACUGGGUAGUUUCAACGCAGAAAUGAAUAACAAACUAAUAUUAACUCUUAUAUGUUACAGACAUUUUGGUGUUUUAUGUACAGUUUUGCAAGAAAUAACCAGAGUGUGAUUUUGUAGU